AUGAGCGACGAUGCCAUGCAAGGAACUCUGACGUACGACCAGGACAUUCAAGACCUGCCCGAGGACGACAAUGACACCGGCAACAACAGCAAUGACCAACCAGCGCCAGCAGGGCCGCUCGUCACCUUGCUCUCUCUCAACGCCCUCGCCACAAGUAUCCCGCUUACCAGAAACAAAACUAUCCUCGGCCGUGUUGCAGCGAAGUGCACAGAGGGAGCUGUGUUGGAUAACCUACGGAUCUCAGGAACCCAUUGCGAGGUCUCGUCGCGGUCGAUGACGGACGCAAACGCGGCUAUCUGGAUCAAGGACACGUCGAGCAACGGUGUCUGGGUGAACGAAAAGAAGAUUCCCAAAGGCGAGACUGUCAAGAUCUUUGAUAGGGAUAUUGUUAGCUUUGCCGCUGGACCCGUCAACGCCAAAUCUGAUACCCCGGCGUUCAUGCUGAUGGACAAGCGGAUAAAAUUAGCAACACCCAAUAACACACGACAGCAACAACAGUAUCAGCCACUCCCGAAACGUACCAACGACGACCUUAAGGAUGAAUCGACUGCUGCAGAAUCAACCGCUGCAGACUCAGAGCCAGAGCAAAAGAAACAAAAGACGGAUGAUGCUGUGUCGGCAAAGGACAAGGAGCAGGAGGACAGUGCCUUUGAACAAGAGUUCGAGUGUAGUGUCUGCCACGAGAUCAUGCACAAGCCGAUGGUUUUACAGCCCUGCCUUCAUUCCUUCUGCAGAGGCUGCUGUAAAUCCUGGCUCAAACAGUCUAAGGUGUGUCCGUCGUGUCGACAGGAGGUGACCAGGACGAAGCGGGACUUUAAGCUCAACAACCUGAUUGCACUCUUCCUCAAAACUCGACCGCACAUGGCGCGCGAUGAUUUGGAUGAGGAGGAAAGCGGCAACGACAGCGACAAGUCAGACUUGAUUGGCGGUGAGAGACCAAGACGCCGCAAUCUACACUACGAUGACGACGACGAAGAUGACGAGGACGAGUACGAUGAGGAUGAAGAUGACAACUUGCUCCCACUCCCAGCCGGAUUCCAAGGUCAACCAGUGACAUGCCCUUGCUGUCUUCCCAACAACAACAUUGGAUUCACUUGCCCUGAUGGCGUUCGAUUGGAGCCUCUCCCUGGGAAUGCUACCUAUAGAGAUUAUAUCGCUCGUCUUCAACCUCAACCUGGUCACUUACAGUGCCCGAACUGCCGAAAUCACCUUCCUGUGAUCCCUGAAGCACAAGGCGAUAUUGCCGAUCGGUUCAGAUGCAAGAUGUGCCAUGUGGCGACUUGUGGAUGCACUGCGUUGAGUGUGGACGAAAGAGCUGCUCGGGUGGGAUAUCUGGAGAACUACUUGAAUCCGUUCGAAAUGCAGGUGAUCCACGAGUACAUGAGGACGCACAACGUGACCGUACAAGCAUUAUGGCAGGAGAUUAAAACUGGAAUGGAUAACGGGACUUUUUACUACCUUGGAACCGGCGACGUCCCCAACCCACCCCCGACUGCUGCCGCUGCCGCUGCCGCAGCACCUGCACCAGCAGCAGCCAAUGAUGCCGCCGAUGCCAAUGCAGCAGAUCCAGUAGCACCUGCCCCAACAGCAGCAGCAGCAGCAGCAGGAGCAGCGGCACCAGCACAAGAUACACCAGCAAUGCGAGCGCUACGCGUCAAGACCUCGGACAGACUGUGCUACCCAUGCGGUCGAAACUUUUUCAGCAACGGACCCAUCUACCAGUGGCGCAAGGCCCUGAACGACGCAGUACUGCCUGCUCGUGCUGUUGGCCGGGGCGACUGCUGGUAUGGCCGUCAUUGCCGCACACAGCAUAACAUUGCUAAUCCGGGACAUGCUGAGCGGUUGAACCACAUCUGUGAGAAGACGCAUCGUUGA